CAUUCAAAGUGGGAGAUGGCCACAGGAAUAUUGGAGGGGAGAAAGAAGCUGCCACCUGAAGCAUGGAGCCCAUCCCUGAGGUCUUGCUGUCUCCUCAGAAAAUUUCUGACAGGUAUCCCAGAAUUCAGAAGAUUCUUAAGAGUGAACAAGCCUGCUGCUAUCUCUUGCCAUUUCCUGGGAAAAAAGUAGCAAUUAGCAGCAGUGGAAAUCCAGAAGACAUGGAUCCAGAUUUCUCUCGCUAUCUGCAUGACUUCAUCACUGAUGUUUGCAAUUCAACCACCCAGCAUGUGAAAAGGCACUCAGAUGGACAUAUUCUCACUGGGGAGGAAUUAGCUGAGAACAUCAAGACACUCUUCAACCUAUUACAGACAAAAGAAUUUGGAUAUUCAUCCUCGUAUGUGUCGGUAAAAUCCUGGCUAAUAGUCUUGGAAAGGAUGCUAGUCCUGGGUAGAGAACCAGGUCCAGUGAUUACUCAAAUCCAUGAUAGCAGGUUGAUUAAAGCUGCUAAAAAAGAGUUGGAGGACUUUGUGAAGGAACAGGAUUCUUCCACAAAGUCCAUGUUUAAUUGUUUGAAGACUGUUCCUAGAGUCAUGUGGACACGCCUCUCAACUAAGAAAGAUACCAUCUUAAAUCAUCUCAAAGAAAAUUUGAAGAGUCCAGGGAAGAACCAAAUCAUGAACAAGUUUGAGACACAGAUUGAGAAGAGAAUUAAUGACUUCUAUAAAUCCUAUAAAAAACGUUUCUGUGGCUGUACUGCUGCCGUGGGUGGACUUGUGGGGGCUAGUUUGGUGGCGGUUGCAACUGGUGGUGUAAUGGCAGUUGGUGUGGCAGCCACUACUUUGACUAUGGAGGCUGCAGCUGUGGUCACAGGGUCCACUGUGGGUGCCACAGUGGCUGGGGGUAGUAUAGGGGCUGGCAUUGGGGCUGCUGUGGGUAUGGCCAAAGGAAGGAAAAAACAAAUUCCUGAAGAGGGAGAGGGAAAACCCCUUCUCGGGAAUGAUGAAGGAACCCUGGAAACCAAGUAGAAAGAAAGAGGGAGGGAGAAAAAGUAAUGAAAUAUAAGGCCCUUUGGGUUACCAGAUCUGACUUGUUUAACAGGGUUAGGGGACUGGGGUGGUGUCUAUGAUACUGUUGGAUAUUUGACCCAGCAGGUAAGAGGUGUACACAGAUUUACUGACUUAGUAGAAUGAAGCAGUGCUUAGGCCA